AUGAAUAAUAAUAACAACAAUAAUUGUGUGGGGAUCGUUGUGAAUAGUGUUGAAGUGCCCAUCUCACAAAAGUCUGCCAUUAUUGUGCAUAAUGAUGACAAUGAUAAUAAUAAUCAUCGACUGCCCAUCGGCUGGUUAAUAAUUUUAGUAAUUUUCAUCAUGUCGAGUUUAUGUACACUAGCUAUUAUGCAAUUUAUAAUGAAUACUACAAAUUCAUCUUUAACGACGAAACUAUUUGAUGAUCGGCAGCAUCAUAUUUCAACAUUGACCCAAAUUAAAGGAGAGAAUAUUGAAAGUAAAGUAGCAACUGGGAGAGAACGAACUUUACCAUCAUCUUCAGCGCAAGUGUUCAAUCUAUUUGAAGAUUGUUCGUAUGAGAGGCCUUUAUUGAAUGGAGCUACUGAGACUGUUCCAAUAAGUAAGAGUAAUUUACCUCGUAUUAAGGACCUUCCUUUUGGAUUUGGAUGUAAAGUUGUCAAAUUACCUAGUAUUACAUCAAUACCUUUUGGCACUCAACAUAUGAAUGAAAGAAAUAGUGACAUAUUUUCGCCAAUUAAACCUGGUAGAGUUAAUAUUGAUAUUUGUCAGAAAUAUUCAAAUGUCAGCUGUAUGGAUUAUUUUUGCUACUCUAAUUCAUCUCUAGGAAGUGUAGAUCCAUACAAGUAUGAAAUUUUCAAUUAUUGUAAAUAUUGCAAGAACAAUAGGGAGGAUUUUUUGCAAUUUCAGUACAAGAUUUAUUACAGAGAGGAUGCUGUAGUAAAUGAAACUACCUCUAGAAAUGUUGAAUGUCCUGCAUUUGCCACUUUCCCAUCAGCUUUCUAUUGUGGAAAUAUUCAAACUGGCCUUCCCUUGUAUUUUUUGGAUAGUUUUUACAUACGGUUAAGGAAUCCAUUCUUUUGCUUUUGUCAUACAUAUUCAACUUUUAAUUCAAUGUGUGACUCAUCUUUAUUCACCACAGCAUUUGAUUUUGCCAAGAUUGUCGUUUCAAUAUUAUUUUCCACUUCUUUGGCCUUAGGAGCAUUGAUAACCUAUGUAAUUCCACAAAUUAGACAAGUAUCAAGAGUUAGAAAAAUUGGCAUUCUCAAUACUUGCAGUAUUUUAACUAUAUUGGCAGCAUCUAGUUCUGUUGUCAUUUCAAGUGUCAUGUAUGCUGUUGCUUACUUGGGUGAAUCUGAAAACACUACCCUUUCAAAUAUGGCACUCUCUUUCAAUGUCUUUUUCACUUAUUAUUCCAUGUUACCAGUCAUGUUAACCUUUGAUAGAAUUUACAAUUAUUUAUAUACGGGAGAGAAACGUAAUUGUCCAAAGUUCAAGAUUAUGAUUUUGAUGGCAUUUAUCUUAUUGACAAUCAAUGCAGUUUAUGUGACAACAAGUUACAUUUUAGAAUUUUCCAAAAUAGGACUAACCAUUGCAACAAUUGUUGUUGCGAUUGGUUAUAUUGCUUUUGCCAUUCCAUGGAUUGAUAACUUGAUGUUGUUUUUCGUUUUAUCAUAUCGAUUGAGAAAGGCCCUUAGAAAUAAGACAAAUGUUCCAUUUUUCAAAACCAAGUAUUUCUAUCAAUUCUGUGCCCUCAACACCUUGUCAGGUAUUGCCUUAUUCUCAUGUCUAUCUGCAUUUUUAGCAAGACAAUUUGGAAGCGACUCUACUACUUAUCAAUUCAGUUACUAUAUUGAACAAGUGAGUCUAUUUGCAAAUUAUUCAACCCUUCUAAUCAUGUUGGUUAUUCUCUACGAUUCUCAAUUAUUUACCGAUUGUUACAGACCAAUAUUACAACUAUUCAAAUUAUUCGAUAGUAGAAGGAAUAAUAAUCAACUCAAAGAUUCUCUGUUGUCCAGCGAAGAAACGAAUGAAGAAACAAAUUACAAUAAUUCAAUUCCAGUUUCCUAUCCACCAACCAACUCAACAACCAACUCAGAUCAAACCUAUAGAAAAGACAGUUCUUACUAUGUACCACCAACCCCAACAUCCUUUGUGAGUGAAUUAUCCUCAAACAAUGUAACUAUUAACUAG